GUAAAAGUGUCCCACUUGUAACAGAACAAGUCUCCUACGUCACGUGCACAUGUUAACAAUAACCAUAUUACAAUUACAAUAAGGUGUAUAAUUGUAUUUAAAUUUCAUCAAAAUGUUAUCACAGUUAAAUUAUUAUCUCAGAUAACAGAAGCAGAUACUACUACGUUUAUUUUAAAAUGUCGCGUUUUAAAAAGAUAAAACGAAAUAGAUAUGAAAAUGGUUCAAUGUGACACUCAUCAAACAUUUUAAUUUUAUUUAGUUAGCUUAUAUAAAUUAUUUUCAUUGGGUUUAUUUACACAUAUUCUUAAAGGAAUGGAUAUGUCAAUCUCAGUUUUAAUAAGUAUGAUGUUUAUUUGUCAGUUUAGUGUUACAUACUGUAAACAAUGUGUAAAACAUAACAAUUGUAUUUGUGUAUUUGAUGAUGACAGUGGAAUGAUAGAUCUGUCUUCUGUAGGCAACACAGACGGAAAUCCUUUAUUUUAUGACCUUCCGUCAACCCUUGAUGAAUUUUUAUAUUCAUACAAUCCAUGCGGACCUUUCACGGAACUCACGUGUGUAGAUGUCGCGGCAUGUCAAUAUAGUCCAUACUAUUAUACUGGAUACGACAUUGGUGUGCCAGACAAAGUUUCGUUCAACUAUGACGGACUAAAUGUCAUCGCUAAUUACGUCAGUCAGGAUGGAACAAGGCAAAGCUUUAUCACGUUGGUGUGUGAUCCCGGGGCCGCCACGCCAAGUCUGGAUGUUAUGGGGGAGUCGACAACCACACAGUAUUAUAUGACACUUACUUCGGCAGCAGCCUGUCCGGUACCUUCUCCUUUCGGAAGCAGUGGUGGUAUUAGUGGUGGUUCUGUGCUUUUGAUAAUCUUUUUUGUGCUUCUAGCAGUAUAUUUAGCUACUGGUGUUGCAUUUAACAAGUUCAGAAGAAGUGCCAGUGGGAAAGAACUUAUACCUAACCUAAAUUUCUGGACAGAACUUCCUGCUCUAGUUCGGGAUGGUGUCAAGUACAGUUUGAGUUUGGUUUGCAAAAGAAAAUCCGGAUAUGGUGCAGUGUAACGCCAACGUUCUUUUUUAUGUUUUAAUGUGCAUGUGACUUAUUCCUGGCAAUGUAGAACAGCAUGAUAUAGUUUUCCAAAGUAUUCAUCUUGACAUGUUUCGUCCAUGUUAUUCCAUGUUAUAUUUAAAAGAUAAUUAUAUUGUAUUACUCAUCGUGAUAUGUUCAGUUGUGAUGUUUUUAAAUAUGGCAUUUUGUGUUUGAUUUUAUUUAUUGCGACGCCAAGCGGCAGUUUCAUACAGUGAACUUUUUCACUUUGUUAUUUUCCAUGUUGUAUUAUUUAGAGCGCUAAAAAUGUUAUAUUUCAUCGUACAUUAUGAUUUCAUGUGGUAUUUUAUUACGUGACUACAUGCUAUGUUCUAUAUUAUACCAUUCUGAGUGAUUCAACGUGACAUUAAUAACUGCUUUAAAUGAGCUUGCUCAGUGCAAACAGAUAUUUAGACUGGCUCCCGUUCCUAUAUUUGUUCUUAUAUUUGUUCUUAUUUACAUGUUCUCUUCAUUAAGAUGGAAGUGACUCAAGCAGUUAGUUUCUACAUUGACAUAUUUUAUUGCGCAUGGCUCCGAAUAUAGGUUCGGCCAUCAGAUAAAAAUGUGCUAAAAUUGGGCUUAAAGUUUUCUUAUAAAAUGUUUGCAGUAAUAUAUAUAAAAAUAACCAGGCAGCCAGGGAGCCAGGCUAACAGAUGUUAAGUUGUGUGUUGUGUUUAUAUACGGCAUGUUUUUCACAAAGCACGUGUAUACAAUAUUUCUCUCUAAUACACUUAAAUGCUAAAUUGAUGCUGAAGAGUUUGUUUACAAAAGUGAACAUUGUUUUUGUAUGUCUAUGAUUGCUUGAUAAUUCAAAAUACAAUUAACAUGACUGAAUCGUGACGAUCUAAUGAAUAUGUUUCAUCUCAUCCCUUUAAAAAUAGGAUAUGAGCCGCGCCAUGAGAAAACCAACAUAGUGGCUUUGCGACCAGCAUGGAUCAAGACCAGCCUGCGCAUCCACGCAGUCUGGUCAGGAUCCAUGCUGUUCGCUUUCAAAACCUAUUGCAAUUAGAGAAACCGUUAGCGAACAGCAUGGAUCCUGACCAGACUGCGCGGAUGCGCAGGCUGGUCUGGAUCCAUGCUGGUCGCAAAUCCACUAUGUUGGUUUUCCCAUGGCACGGCUCAAUUACCAUUUAUACACUAUCAAACUACGUUACAACGACUUAACCGGUAAAUACUUCAUUUUUGUUCAUAAAAACCAAAAAUUAUUACAAAAGACUUAAAAUGUUUUAAAUAAUCAGACUUGUGUUCUGUAUUAUACAAGUUAAUAAAAGUUAUAUUUCA